CCACCAAUGGGGUGGGGGAACCACCUCGCGUAACCCACCGCCGCUCGCCGCUCGCCGCUGCCUCCCUCCUUCUCACAGUCACACUACCACUCCCACUCGCGGCUCCCAGCCAGCCAGGCGCGCGGCGGCGGCGAUGCGCAAGGACGCCGCCGGCGGGGGCGCAGGCGGCAUUGCGCCGGGCGCGCUGCUCUGCUUCGACAUCAAGCCAUUCCUCGCCGCGCUCACCGCGCUCACGCUCCUCGCCGCCGCCUGGCAGCUCCGGCCCUACCGCUCCCCGUUCCCCGCCGACUUGUGCGCGCAGGCGGCCGCCGGCGCCCCCCCUCGCGCGCUCGCCGUCCACGCCAAAAAGUCCGAAUCUUCCUCCUCCGCCAACUCCACCGCUUCUUCCUCGCCGCCGCCGGGGCCCGAGGUGCGGGAGUUCCGCGCCGUGGGCAGCGCGGCGGCGCUGUUCGUGCAGAUGGGCGCGUACCGCGGCGGCCCCUACACGUUCGCGGUCGUCGGGCUGGCGUCCAAGCCCGCGCACGUCUACGGCAAGCCCUGGUUCCGCUGCGAGUGGGAGCCCAACAACCCCCGCCCCAACGCCUCCUCCUCGCCGCCGGAGUCGAUGCGCGCCGCCAGGGCGUACCACAUGCUCCCGGACUGGGGCUACGGCCGCGUCUACACGGUCGUCGUCGUCAACUGCACGUUCCCGCGCGAGCCCAACGCCGACAACGCCGGCGGCCGCCUCGUCCUCUACGCGCACCACGGGCCCUCACGCUCCCGGGACUCCCCGCGCGAGCGGAUCGUCGCGCUCGAGGAGGCCCCGGGCGCCUACGACGCCGCGGCCGCGUUCCGGCCCAGGUACGACUACCUCUACUGCGGCUCCUCGCUCUACGGCGACCUCAGCGCGGCGCGGGUGCGGGAGUGGAUGGCGUACCACGCGCGCUUCUUCGGGGACCGCUCCCACUUCGUCUUCCACGACGCCGGCGGGGCCGGCCCCGCCGUGCGCGUCGCGCUCGAGCCCUGGGUGCGCGCUGGCAGGGCCACGCUGCAGGACGUGCGCGCGCAGGCCGAGUACGACGGCUGGUACUACAACCAGUUCCUCGUCGUCAACGACUGCCUGCACCGGUACCGGCACGCGGCCAAGUGGACCUUCUUCUUCGACGUCGACGAGUACAUCUUCCUGCCUGACGGGCGUAAGCUCGAGGACGUCCUCGCCGAGCUCGAACCGUACACGCAGUUCACCAUCGAGCAGAACCCGAUGUCGAGCAGGUUGUGCGUCGACAAUCCGGAUGCCGACUAUUCCAACCAGUGGGGAUUUGAGAAGCUGGUUUUCCGGAACUCGAUCACCGGCGUGAGGAGAGACAGGAAGUAUGCGAUUCAGGCCAAGAACGCAUAUGCCACAGGCGUGCACAUGUCUGAGAAUGUUAUCGGCAACACCACGCACAAGACGGAGCACCUCAUCCGAUAUUACCACUACCACAACUCCAUCAAUGUCCUCGGUGAGGUUUGCCGCGAGUUUGUGCCCAUUCCACCCAAGGGUUGCCUGACAUGGUCCGAGAAGACGCCCUGGUACUACGACGACAGCAUGAAGCGCAUUGCUGAUGCUGUGCGUGAAUUCGAGAGGAAGACCAUUGGCGAUGUGCGGCUAUGACAGUGACCACAGAGAUGAAAGAGCUGAUGUACAGGAUAUGUGCUUUCAGCCAUUCAUGAGGUGUGGUGGCAUCUCUGUCUUCCGGAUGUUAUGAUGCAGACGAUAACCUAUGAUUUGGGGCUAUCUGAGCUGACAGAGAUGCAACGAAAGCGAAGCUGCAACCUCAAGAAAAUGGCAGAUUGUGUACCAGUAAUGACUCUGAUACUCUGGUUUGUGGCAAAGGUGAGGUCUUUGUAAACAGAUAUGCGGUCCGUGUAAAUUCCAUUGUUUCAUUGCUCAAUCAUACUAUGUGAUAUGUUAGUACAUUGUAUUCUCUUCUCGAGGUUCUGACCCAAUGUGAGGGGGAAAAAUCAUUGAGAAAUUAACCUUUGCCUGUGUAGUAUUUCUAAAACAGAAAGAGAGAGUUGCAACUCUUCUGAUCAUUCAUAAUUGUGAUGCAACAAUAAUGCAGAUUAUUUCAAACUGCUCAUUUCAUUGGA